AUGUGUUAUUCGUAUUCUACCUUCCAACCCCCAAUUUUGUUUACAGCGACACCGCUGCGGCACGCAAUGCAAGGCCAUACUGGCGAUGUGAACUCCGUCUCAUUCUCUCCGGAUGGCUCGCAAAUUGCGUCGGGCUCCGAGGACAACACCAUCCGAAUUUGGAACGCGAACACCGGAAAAGAAAUCCGUGAGCCUUUACGGGGACACAUGCUCAGCAUCCACUCGGUGACCGUGCGACUGUGGGACGUGCAGACAGGGCAACAGAUCGGGCAGCCGCUCGAAGGGCAUACGAACUGGGUUUACUGUGUCGCAUUCUCACCCGACGGCAACCGCGUCGUCUCGGGCUCAUGGAACGAGACGCUCCGACUCUGGGACGCGCAGACGGGACAGGCCAUCGGCGAGCCUUUACGGGGUCACUCUACCGGUGUUAACACCGUCGCAUUUUCACCGGAUGGGAAGCACAUCGCCUCUGGAUCCCACGACAGCACGAUUCGACUCUGGGAUGCUGAGGCAGGCCAGCCAGUCGGAGACCCGCUGCAAGGCCACCGUAGCUUCGUUUCGUCCGUUGCGUUCUCGCCCGAUGGCAUGCGCAUCGUCUCGGGUUCCAAGGACAACACGGUCCGGGUCUGGGACGCUCAGACCAGAGAGACGGUGCUGGGGCCAUUGCGAGGACCCGAGAAUUGGGUCCGCUCCGUGGCAUUCUCGCCGGAUGGCAAGUACAUCGUCUCCGGCUCCUCCGACAGCACGAUACGGAUAUGGGACGCGCAGACGGGACGGACCGUGGCCGGGCCUUGGGAUGCUCACGGCGGCUACUGGGGCGUUUUAUCCGUUGCGUUCUCGCCCGAUGGCAUGCGCAUCGUCUCGGGCGGCGACGACACCAUGGUGAAAAUAUGGGACGCGGAGAUCGAUUAG